CUUGUUCACUUUAAUUUUACUAUUAACUUAACCUAUUAAGGCUUAUAAAUGGCUGUUUCAGACACAACCUGUCUAAAAACAACCCUUAAACUGACUUUGCUUUACUGAAUGAGAAGUCUCAUGCAACAUCAGAUCAGUGGUUUACCACUAGUUUAGUAAAAGGGGCGGAUCUGAGUUUUUAAGAGUGUAAGGACGCUAUUGUUGCUUUAUUAUAAAGUCUAUUCAGUAUUGCGAUUGUUAUUUGGAUCUGUUCUGCAAGCUGUUGAAGAAAAUGAGCGAUGUGGCUUUCUUCUUUUUGAUCUUGUGGAGUCUGUCUGGUGUAUUUUGUGAUAAGGAGUCAGUGUCAGUGAUGGAUGGAGAUUCUGUGACUUUAUCAGUUAAUCUUACUGAAUCGCAGAGAGAGGAGGGAAUCUCCUGGAAGUUUGGACGUACAGGAGUUCUCAUAGCUGGAAUCAUGAGAGAAGACAAUAAUGUCAGGUUAUUUGAUGAUAAACCCGAUGGGAGAUUCAAAAACAGACUGAAGUUAAACAAUCACACUGGAACUCUGACUAUCACAGACACCAACAUCACACACACUGGACUUUAUCAACUAAUCAACACCAAGACAAAUAUCAAACUCAAAAUAUUCAACAUUACUGUCUAUGCUCGUCUGCCCGUUCCUGUUAUCAGCAAAGAUUCUUCACAAAGUUCAUCAUCAAGAAAAAAUCACUGUGUGUUGUUGUGUUCAGUGUUGAAUGUAAAAGAUGUGAGAGAUGUGGGUCUGUCCUGGUACAAAGGAAACAGUUUAUUGUCCAUCAUCAGUGUGUCUGAUCUCAACAUCAGACUCUCUCUACCUCUGGAGGUUGAAUAUCAGGAUAACAACACAUACAGAUGUGUACUCAACAAUACCAUUGGAAAUCAGACUCAACAUCUUAACAUCAAUGAAGUCUGUCAGUCGUGUUCAGGCUUUUGCUGUUGUGGUUUUACUGAAGCUGUGAUCCGAUUGGUCAUCUCUGCUCUGGUGGGCAUGGCUACUGUUGCUGUUCUGGUUUAUGACAUCAGGACCGAAUGAGAUCAGAUAUUCUGUUUGAAAUAAUAGAUGAUGUUGUAUUAAUAUCAUCAGAUAUGUAUUUAAUGAAUAAUUGACGACGUGCCGUUGAAUUAUUUGAAAAUAAUGUUGGCGGGUUGAGUCUUAAUUUGUCCACAACUUUUUUGUGACAAAUCUAACACAUAUUUUAAGAAAAUUAUUGGAAAUGUAUAAAAAAACCUCAACAAUACACCAUGGGCGUGUUGUUCAUGGAUAAAAACAUCCACUAAAUUAAACGGCUGUAAAAAUGUAUCGGAUGGAUAUUUUUUGCAUAAAUCUAUUAAUUAACCUCAGUACAAAGGUUUAUUGAAAGGACUGAAUUUUCAAAAGGCAUUUAAAGAGAACAAGGCAUCUUACUUUCAUGCUUGUAAUUAAUGGCCUAAAAUGUGGCACCCUUAAAGAAAUUAUCUUAAAUUUAACUAUUUUUCAUUAGUCUAGAUAGGAAAAUUAAUCUUAACUGCAAUGUUUAUGUAAAAAAAAUAAUUGUACACAUCUGACACAUAAGUCAAACAACAUUGAAUCGUAACCUGUAGGUUGUAAUAAGGUGCUGGCCCCCAGAGGUCCCUAUAUCUCUUACAAACAAACUACAAGGUUGUUGUUUUAAGAGUAGUCUCACUUUAAUAAAAUAAAUAUAUUUGUUUCUUAUUGGUGUGUUAUCUGGAGAUGA